AAAGCCCAAAAGCUUCUCCCUGCUUUAUAACGCCUCCCCCACUUCUCCCCGUUUCUGUUAAAAGAGGAAAAACAGAAGGCAAAGACUGCAAGAAUCAAGAUUCAACAAUGGGGAAAGGAGGAGCUUUAAGCGAAGGGGUGCUGAAGAAGAUCGUGUUAUCCUACACCUAUGUGGCGAUAUGGAUCUUCCUCUCCUUCACCGUGAUCGUCUACAACAAGUACAUCCUGGAUCGGAAGUUGUACAACUGGCCUUAUCCCAUCUCCCUCACCAUGAUUCACAUGGCUUUCUGCUCUUCUUUGGCGUAUAUCCUCGUUCGCAUCUUCAAGGUUGUGGAUCCGGUCACCAUGUCUUGGGAUCUCUACCUCAAAUCCGUUGUCCCAAUUGGGCUUCUAUACUCUCUCUCCCUCUGGCUUUCUAAUUCUGCUUACAUUUAUCUCUCUGUGUCAUUUAUUCAAAUGCUUAAGGCACUUAUGCCUGUUGCUGUAUACACCAUUGGUGUGUUGCUCAAGAAAGAGGUAUUUAAAUCGGAGACGAUGGCAAAUAUGAUCUCGAUCUCGAUUGGGGUCGGGAUUGCGGCGUAUGGGGAGGCGAAAUUUGAUUCUUGGGGUGUUAUUCUUCAACUGGGUGCUGUCGCUUUUGAGGCCACCAGGCUUGUCAUGAUUCAGAUCUUACUUACUUCUAAGGGUAUCACUCUCAAUCCUAUAACCUCUCUUUAUUAUGUGGCCCCAUGCUGCUUGGUAUUCUUGUUUUUCCCCUGGGUUUUCGUCGAGUAUCCGGUCUUGAGGGAGAGUUCAAGCUACCAUUUAGAUUAUGUGAUUUUUGGGACCAAUUCUUUCUGUGCUUUCGCCCUAAAUCUAGCUGUGUUCUUGCUUGUUGGGAAGACGUCUGCUUUGACCAUGAAUGUGGCUGGUGUGGUGAAGGAUUGGCUCUUGAUUGCCUUCUCUUGGUCUGUUAUUAUGGACACUGUCACUCCCAUCAAUCUUUUUGGAUAUGCAUUGGCUUUCUUGGGUGUUGCAUAUUACAAUCACUCAAAGCUGAUGGCCCUCAAGGCAAAGGACGCGCAGAAGAAGUCCCAACAGCCUGACGAUGAGGAGGCUGGAAGGUUAUUGGAGCAAAGGGAAGGGGAGAAUAAUGGAGCUAAAAAGAGCGAGUCCCAAAAUUAAUUGGCUGAUAUUUGAUCUCUUAGGAGAUGAUUUUUGCUAGAACAAGUUGGGAAUGGAGCCAAAAGUUGAACUCUGGGGAUCAAUCAAUGCCUGAAUAGGUUCUGUUUUUGGUAGGUAGUCUUGGUAGUUUCUGAUAUGUCUCUCUGAUUGAGCUUCUGUUAACCUUAUGUACUUGUUGCCACUUUCAUGUCACUGGAAAUUUUGAGCAAGCCUCAAAAUUUCCAGACAUGUUAGUGACCUGAUAAUGACUUGAGGCUGAUGGUUCGAAGUCUUUCUGAUAAACAUACGAUUUCAUUUCAAACUAGUUUUUUGUUAGAAUGUUUAUGUUUCAACUGAUAAUCUAGUAUUUGUUUGAGUUCA